AUGUUCAAAUUGGACGUUGAAAAGGCCUUUGAUAACGUUAAUUGGGGUUGUCUAUUUAAGUUGUUGGCUGCUGCUGGCUUCUCGGAAAAGUGGUCAAAAUGGAUUAAGGGUUCUAUGUGCUCCUCUUACAUAUUUGUUAUUGUGAACGGGGAAGCUAAUGGCUUCUUUGUGGCUUCUAAGGGGUUACGUCAGGGGGACCCUCUCUUGCCUGUACUUUUUGUCUUGGUCAUGGAGGUGCUGUCAUGGAUGUUGAAAUCGGUUCGGGAAAAAGGAAAAUUCGAGGGGUUGUUUAUGAACGAAGAGUUAAAGAGGGGGGAAGUUACCCACCUAUUGUUUGCAGAUGAUACUCUUAUAUUUUGUGAUGCUAAUCACGAUCAGGUGCUACAUGUGCUGGCUGCAAUCGUGUGUUUUCAGACCGUGACUGGCCUUAGAAUCAAUCUCGACAAGUUAGUGAUGUAUACCGUAGAAGAUGUGGCUGAUCCAAGCUUUUUGUUGCUAUCUUCGAGUGUCAAUGGAGAAGGAAUCCCCCUAAGUACCUCGGUUUCCUUCUUGAAGCUAAACCGAAUGAUUCUGCCAUCUGGGAUUCGAUCGUGGGAAAGAUGCAGAGUAAGCUUAGCAGAUGGGGCAAUAAAUAUCUUUCUUAUGGCGCGAGAUUGGUCCUCAUCAGAGCGGUACUCUCGAGUAUGCCCACUUACUUGUUCUCUCUUUUCAAGGCACCAGCUUCUGUCAUUAAAAAUUUGGAAAGGAUUCAAAGACAUUUUCUGUGGAAUGGAGCGGGAGAAAACAACAGGGUACCACUGGUGGAUUCGAAUGUGUGCAAGGCUAAAAAUGAAGAUGGGGUUUGGGAAUUAA